GAAAUGCGUACGUGAUAAACAUUGUUGUUUGUUUUAGACCAUGGGUUAUUAUUGUUUUGGUGGUUUGAAUCCUAAUCUUUGGCACAGAUAAACAUUGUUUGUGGGAAGAUAACGAAGGUAGCAAAAAGAAUAGAAUUAGAUCAACCUUUGCGUCACCGAUAUAUUUUGAAUUGUUUAAUUUUUAAAAUAGUAUACAAUGUUAUGAAGAGCAUACAAAUGUUGUGUUGUUGACCAAAUGUCCGAAAAUCCCGAACGCGAAGCCAUUUUAUUUUUCCUGAAGGUCUUUCGAUGUUUGUUUCAGUUGAAUGGGUUCGUUUUUUUUUCGGGACUAGUUAUAUCGUCAACAACUUUGUAUUUCUGUAUCGAUAUUUUCGAGUAUAUCGUCUGGCUGGGACUUGACCCUUUUCGUGCCUCUUUUCGUCACACUGCCAUUUUGGAUGUGAACCGUAUAUGGAGUUGUUUACGUCCAGCAGAGAACGUCUGAGCUGAAUUUUAAAUUAUUAGUACACCUGUACCUUGAUAAUGCCCUUACCAUAUUUGCUAAUUAUAAAAACAAAAACAAGUUUGUUACAUUUUCAAAAAAAGACAAGAAGAGAAAAACCCAAAGCUUUUGCCAUUAUGGCACCGAACGAACUGGUACACUUCUUUUUUUUUGCGCAAUUUUGCGCAAUAGAGUCAAUGGAGGUAGGGUAGCUUUCGCCUUUCUCUGCAUGAGAGAGAGAGAGACCGGCAUCGAUUUUCACGGGGCCGAGGACGUACAUCAAGAACUCCUUGGUGCUGCUGGUGUUCUCUUUGCUCCUAUGACGGAACUACUGUCCACGUGUUCUCAGUGUGCUCGCUUCGUGAUUGUGGGGCCCCCCACUUCCCGACCUGGCUAUUGGUCGCUGGCGUCGCAGAUAAAACGUCACGCAGUUGCGCCGACUCACGACGCCACUCCUCCCGCCCGACCACAUAAAGCCAACCUUCAGCUCGUUCACGCCAACCAUUAUUCUCUGUAAAAUCUGACGGAACGCAGUGUGUCUCUCUGUCUCUUGUCCAGCGUAUUCAAGUUUCGAAAUUAAUUGCCUUUUGUUCUCUUGCGAUUGUGUGGACGAUAUUUCAUUCUGGUAUUACAUUCUUGAUAAAAAAGAAUUUCAAUAUAGAUUUCGUUAAAAACAAAAAAUUGUGCAAAAAUGCCCGUCGAGUGUCUCAUCCCCGACGACAGGUUGUCGAAAUAUCCCCCAACAAUUCCUUCAUCAAGAAUGAACAGAGUGUGCAAGCAGGUUAGCAUCGAGAGCCCGGCCACGGUCGGUAUGAGCAAGGAAUACGUCUUCCAAUAUGACGUCAUGGUGCCUGAUGUGCCAGCCUUGGGAGCUCGAGUUAAAGUGAUGUGUGCUGGAGCUUGUUACCGGCAGAGGUCUGCCAGUGUUUCCAGCACUUCCAGUACUUGCUCGAUGGGCAGUGACAGUGGAUGCACCACCAGUGCCUCUCAUCGAGGACUUCGUGACUCUUCCUUCUAUCCAGGCUAUGAAGUGGCUGGAGUAGUAGAAUCUAUCGGUGAAGAGGUCGACCCCAGCUGUGGAGUUAAAGUUGGUGAUCAUGUCAUUGUCUACCCAUUUGAUGAAUGUCCUCCAGGCUAUGCUGAAUAUAUGAGUGUACCGGAAAUUGAAUUCCUGGUCAAGAUCCCAGACAAUAUGUCGUUGUCCGUAGCUGCCAUGCUACCAUCUGGCGCCCUGUGGGCUCUCAACACCGUCCAGAAGGCCGAGAGCGUUGUUCGACGCAUCUCUGAAGAGAAAGGACCCGAGGGUAAUGACACAACAUUCAUCAAUCACGUUGACAGAAUACUCAUUUCGUUCUUUUUGCUUUUUUGCCAAACAGGAAUGUGCCACAUUCUGGUCGUCGGUACCGGUGGCCUGGCUCUUUGGGCUUUGCGUCUUGCUCGAUUUUACUUCAGCGAGAAACAACACCGCGUCCAUAUUGCCGUGGCCUGCCUUCGUGAUGAAGGAUUUUGCUUGGCUCAGGAAUCUGGAAAGGUGGAUGUUAUCCAAUGGAAUGAGGAGCUUUACGAGCGCAUUCUCAUUGAAAGGACCAAAGAUGCCUGCCAUGGUCAGGUUGACGUCGUCAUCGAUUUUGGCACAACUUCGCGCAGCCUCAACCGAUCAAUCCAAUGUCUACACAAGGGCGGCGUAGUUUUUCUCGGCCAUGAAACAGCUGAUCGACUUUUACCCAAAUUCUCGCGCAAGGCCGUCGAAUACGGCAUCACCAUUGAACCCGUCGAAACGGGAUCUGUGCAACAGCUCAAAGAGCUGGUUGACCUUGUUCACUCCGGCAAGGUUAAACCUCCACCGCACAGCGUUUUCCCAGCUGAAGAGGCUUCUGACGUGAUCAACAAACUGUGCAAAUCUGAAAUUCCCGGCAGGGCCAUUUUGCAAUUCCAUUCCUCAGCUCAGUAAAAAAAAGAAAAAGGAAAACAAAGAUUUAAAUAAGAUAAAUUAACGAAAAAAAAAUAUGGCGUGUAGGGGGUUGUAAAAUAUCCGCACAGUUGACUGGAGGGUGAAACAGCAUCCGUGUAAUACCCAGCACAUUUUUUUUAAUUAUUAUUAUUUUUUCUUUUUCCAUUAUUAUGGCCCACAUAAUUUGAUUUUGCGUUCCAGUUGCGACUUUUCUGUCAAUUCCUUCUAAUCAACAUUCUGUUGUUUGUUUUUUGUUCGGUUGUAUUACCGAAUGAAGAGCUCUGGCUCGAUCCGUCAAAGUGCACUCCCAUUCAACCUCUUAAUUACUCCAUCAACUCAGUGACAAAUUCUUUUCAUUGUUUAGUAAAUAGGCAGGAAGACAUUAGCAAUCAUGGCAGUUGAAUUGAAUCUUUUCUCUAUAACUACCGUUUUACAGUAUAUCUCUUACCGUUCUUACCCAUAUACUAUUUAGACUAAAGCCCGUAUGUACCAGAGUCAGGGACUAUACACUUGGGAGACGUAAACUGUUGCUCUUGUGACUUGUCUGUGCGGGUCUAAUAUAGCGUUCUCACGAGAAAUCGCAAGCGGGUCAAAGCCAAGGGAAUCAAAAGACAAACCAAUUUGUCUUUUUCUAGGGAAAAGGCAAUUCCUUGGGAUUUGUCUUCGCUCUUUGCUGUGGCAACUGUUCCAUUUGAUUCAUUUUAGUGUAUUUACUUUACAAUGGUUGCAAUUCAAUUAUUUCGUUUAAUUCCAUCGUCAUUCAAGCAACGAUUCAAUUGAGAGAAACUCGGUUUACGCGGGUGAUUGCGUAUAGUGUCUAGAGGAGAUGGAACUCUUUGAUUUCUUUUUAUUUUGAUUUUAUUUUUCAAAAUUCUUUUCUGUUUUUGGGGAUCUCAAGUAGAGAGACGUUGAUCGAAAUUCGGCUCGAUAGAUAAAGCGUCGACCAGAGUGAAAAUUUUAGUUAAAAUUGAAACAAAAACAAUAACAGUCUGAAAGUCUGAGAUGGUAGGAUGUAAUCGAUUAGAGAAAAGCACACACCGGUGAAUGAUACAACUAGACAAUUUAAUUCUGAUUUUGUUAACUGAUGUUGCCCUUCUCUCCCCCCCCCCCCCUGUCCUAGAGAGAGUCGUGUCGACCACCGGCACUCCAUUGUUCUUGUUUUAUUCUUUCCGAUUCUUUGCAAUUAUUAAAACAAAAUUUUUGUCAUUAACGAUGAUGUUAUAAUCUAGCGUCUGAUUUGGAAAAAGGAUCGAUGGAGAGCAAGAAAAAAUGGGAUAAAUGAAAACCAAUGAGUCAUUUCUCUCUUAAUUCUAGUAGGGGCGUUAACAAUUUGAAGAAGAAGAAACAAGCAUUUAUUAGUUCUUUUAACCAAAUAAUAACGCUGUCUGAAAAAUCCUUAACACGUGAAUCGUCUCCCCCCCAAUUUUUCUUUGAUAGUGAAGAAGAAGAAUAAGAAUCGUUUCGAUCUGCGGAUAUAACAUUGAUUGUGAUGGAUCGUAGAUUUAUACAAGCCCCCCAUCCCGGCCUCCUCCCAAUAUUUUGCUUUCACUCGUUGAUGGAAACCUCUCUUGUUUCCCUCCCCCCUGCCCUGUUCACGUCAGUGUAUAUCAUAAUACUAUGGAAUAAAGUGACAUGUUUCUUGCA